AUGCGACGUCUCUGGGAAGGCGCCUUCGGUAUACUUGAAGCUGGAGACCGAGACUGGCGCCAACAACUCCCGCAAGAUCUCAACGACGAUUCGGACGAUGAGAGUGGGCACCGUCAUAUGCUCGCCAUUCUGAACUCGAGGGUCAUCGGCGCAGACUACGACACGUUCCUCAGUAACGCCCGCCAUUUUCUUUUGACGCUGACGCAUCCCUCGCUCCUUCGAUGUCUCGCGGUCGAUACGCACGUCGGUUCCAUCUACAACCUCUUUAGUGGUGUCGGUGGGCGGACUGCAGUCUCAUAUCUCCAGCGGAUUUGUAGGGCUCUACUAGCAGCUCGAACAGCUUCUUCGACAUCUACCAAGGACCACGAAACAACAAUUUUCGCAAUGUCGACGGCUCUAUACGAGCUACUGAGACGUGAGCGUAGGGCGCGGUUCAACGACGAGAUCACGCCAGUGGUGGACUCUAUCCAGGCUGUGAGCGACUUCUACAAGGAUUUGGCAUCGCCAGACACCUCGAGCUCAACGCGAACAACCAAUCGUCUCAAUGAUAUUCGAGCCCUGGUAGCUAGAGCUGACGGACUCCUUGUCGAUACUGCGGGUGAAAACGAGGUUGAAGACGACGGUGGUGGUGGUAACGCGUCGUUCUACCCGAGAGACCUUGUAGUCCCCUCGGAUCGUUUUGACAACGACAAAAAAGAUAUUGGCGACAUGGUAGUCUUCCCUACACGGGACGAGAUCAUGAGCGAUUACAAGGAGUUCCUGCCUUAUACCGACCCUGACCAGCCACACUUCCUUGAGGAUCGCGUGCAACGCCACAUCGAUACCUACUUCCGUCUACUGCGCCACGAUAUUUUCGGUGAGCUGAAGGGGUCAUUGGCUGGAAUCAUGCAUGCUGUAUCGCAAGACGCCAACACGUUGCUCCACCCCAAUCUCAAUCUAGGGGAUAUGCGCGCCAACCAGUACACCGGCGCUCGUGUUAGCUACGUCACGUUCGAUAAGCGAAUGGGCUUGCAACCCCAGAUGGAAUUCCUACAACCUGCGAUAGUCCGCAAGAAGAAUGCUAGUCAGAAGGUGAAGUGGUGGGAAGAGUCAAGACGAUUCGAUGGCGGGUCGCUUUUGUCCUUCAUAUGGAUCCAAGACACUGUCGUGCAACAUGUCUUCCUCACUGUAUCCAACAAGACCACCGAUCCGACAGAGGAGUAUAGCUUGACACACCACAAUCAGAUGGCCUAUAUCAAUGCAAGCCUGGUCACUCAAGAUCGAACAACAGUCAAGAUGCUCAUGCAGGCCAGCAUCAGAGCAACUCGCGGCAUUCUACUAGAGUUUCCGAAUGUCAUACCGGCGACGUUCUCACCCACAUUGGAGAGUUUGCAGGCAAUGCAGCGACUAAAUUGUCUACCGUUUCGGCAGUGGAUCGUUCCGGACAAACACAGUGGCCGUCCACCAGCUGGUAGGACGCACGAGAUUCCUCCGCCUCUGUACGCGCGUGCGCCUGGCUUCAAGUUCCCUGUCGCCGCUCUCCUAGAAGAUGGGAAAAAGGAGGACUCGUUCUCUAUCGAACCGACAUCGUCGUGUGACGACCAGACGUUACUUGAUAAGCUGGAAGCCAAGACGCAACUUGAUCGUGGACAGUGUCGCGCGCUAAUAGCUGCGCUAACCCGAGAGUUUGCCUUCAUUCAAGGGCCACCAGGCACAGGAAAGAGCUUUUUGGGUCUCCAGAUCAUGCGGAUACUGCUAGAAAUUAAGAAAAAACGCAACCUCGGACCUAUACUCAUCGUUUGCUACACCAACCACGCCUUGGAUCAGUUUCUCGAACACCUGAUCGACAUCGGCGUCCACAAGCUCAUUCGGGUCGGCGGCAUGAGCAAGUCCAAGAAGCUUCUCAACCAUAAUCUACGCACCAUCGGCGAGUCGGAGUCGAAGACCAAGUCUGAAAAGUACAUGGCGGCGAUGAACUAUAAGGAUCUGGAUCAGAAUGAGCAGGAGGCCACGAUGGUCUUUGGUAAUCUCCAUGGCUUAUCAAAGCGUCCGGAUUGGCAUAAGCUCAAAGGCCAUAUCCAAGAGGAGUACCCGAAGAUCUAUAACCAGUUCCGGUCUGUCGAUAAUGAAGGCUUCAGAACGGCUGGCCGUCAUCCAUUCGAUAUUUGGAUCGCAGGUACCGAGGUAUACCAGUAUGGUCCAUCCCCAUCUCCAGAUGCGUUACGGCAAAUCAUUCGCCAGGCGACUACAGACGUGUUCUCUUUGAAAAUGGUUGAGAGAAGCGCUAUCGUUGCCUCCUGGGUGGCUGAAGCCCAGGGGAACAAGGUCAGUGAGCUUUACGAGAUUAUUAACGGCGCCGCCAAGACCCAACGCCAACUGAACAACAUCCAUGAGGAGCUGAACCGGCGACUACUGGAGGGAGCGGAUGUGAUUGGUGUCACCACGUCAGGCUUGGCAAAGCGUAUCUCGGUCCUCCAGCAGGUGAGGUGUAAAGUCAUUAUCUGUGAGGAGGCUGGAGAGGUCAUGGAGAGCCACAUGAUCUCGGCAAUGCUUCCUGAUGUUGAGCAUCUAAUCCAGAUUGGUGAUCAUGAACAGCUUCGUCCCUCAGUCAGCAAUUUCCGUGACUUGUCGCUCGAGAGCGAGCGAGGAAAGCUCCAUGCACUGGAUCGGAGUCAGUUCGAGCGACUCUCGAUCGGCGAACCCGGGCGGCCUCUGAUGCCCGUUGCUCAACUGAAUGUACAACGUCGAAUGCGCCCGCAGAUCUCUUCACUGAUUCGCGAAACCAUCUACGAUAAGCUACAUGAUCACCCAUCUACCAUCGAGCUGCCUGACGUUGUUGGUAUGCGCCGCAACGUCUUCUGGCUUGACCACACCAACUUCGAAAACGAGAAGGACGCAGAUACGCACAACACGAAGUCCAAGUCCAACUUAUGGGAAAUCAAGAUGGUGCAUGCCUUGGUCCGCCAUAUCGUUCGACAGGGCGUCUACAAGCCUGAUGAUAUCGCAGUCCUGACCCCAUACACUGGCCAGCUGCAGAGGCUCCGCGCUGCUAUGUCUAGCGAUUUUGAGAUUUGCCUCAGUGAUCGCGAUCGAGAAGCGCUUGAGAGGGAUGGUUUUGCGAUAGAAGACGACGAUACAUCGAAGACCUCAGUACCCGCCCACGAGAGUUACCAAGGCAAGCCGCUAGAGAAGAAGCAAUUGUCGGAAUUACUGAGAGUUGCAACGGUCGACAACUUCCAAGGAGAAGAAGCCAAGAUCAUCAUCGUCUCUCUUGUGCGAAGCAACGAUAGACAGAAUGUCGGCUUUCUCAAGACGACAAAUCGAAUCAACGUCUUGCUGAGUCGCGCUCAACAUGGCAUGUAUCUCAUCGGUAAUGCAGACACCUACUCUAGCGUCGACAUGUGGCAGAAAUUGGCAAAACCCUGGCUUUGCGUUGCCCUCGACACCCUGAUACCGACGCUCAAGUGCAGCAACCCAACGACUUUCAUAAGCUGA